CCGACUGAGGAUCCGUUUCUAAAAUCCGAUCCGGAUCCCAUUACCCAACGCUACAGUGAACUGUGUCGGUGCAUCUUCCCAGUUCAUUACGUGCAAAUGCGACGAAUUAGGUGCACUACCCGCUGCAGAUGCAGGUGGAGCAGAUUCUUUGAACGCAGUUUCGCGGGCACUCUCCAAAGCUCUGGUUCUUAGCUACACUCCGUGUCAAGAUUUUUCAGAAGUUCCCUUCACAACUGGCCUGGCACGCCUUUGUGAUUUGUAUGAGUUACUAUACGUUUGUCUAGCACAGAAAAAAGUUUACAUUACGGAAUACAUCCCGGUACCAAGUACACUGGAGCGAAACAAACGUCGAAUGGUAUAUUUUUACAUUGCGUUCACAGAAAGAAGGAACCCACGAUCGGAGGAAACGAAUUCGCUGCACUACGGCUUGUCUCAUCUGCGGCGCAAAACGAUCGAAACAUAUUAGUGAAAGGAAAAACAAAACACCCGAACGAAAUGUGUUAACUAGUGAUGCGCGAGAAGAAAAAGCGCAGAAGCGAAACAAAUUAGCAAGUAACUAAACAAAACACAACCCGCAAACAAGCAAACACGAAAAGGAAACAGCAAACAAAUAUGUAAAAAAAAAUAUAACAAAAAAAGAAACAAAAACGAACACUCACACGAACCAACCAGCGAAACGAAGUUGCAAACACUUGACAGUUUUACUGACAGUCAAGCAGGUGACUGUUUGCGAACGGAAAGGCCCUGAAUUAGUGGUGUUAGAAGAUGUUGAGGAAGAAUAUCUAGAGCAGCGAACAUCUUCCAAUCGAAAACAACUAAAAGAACAAUCGACGAUUUUUUUAAAACGACAUAACACUGAAACAAUAAAACGAAACUAAAAGGCUAGCGACGAGCAAGAAGAAGAGGAGGAGAAUAACACCUGUGGCUCGAGCUGAAGACGACCGCCGUCGAGGAUGGAUGCCAACGAAUUUGCGAAUUUUCUCGCCCGUGAGCUGCUGAUGGAACAGUUUGCCUCGUUCGAGGGGAUUGGCGUCCAUAGCGGUGUACCGACACGGACAACCCCGACGCUGACACCGACCACGCUGAAGAACAUCGAGCAGACCUUCAUCGAGGCGACCACCGACGCACCGGUCAACCUGCCGUACCAGGCCGGAUUCGUGCCACCGCCGUACCCGAUGGAGGAGCACAGCCAGGACCGGGACGCGAGCCAGGAGUCGCUCAGCUCGAACUCGAACGUCUCGUGGCAUGUGUCCGGCUCGCACGGCUACACCGGGGACGAUCUCGACUCGAAGUCGUCCGCCUCGAUGGAGCAUUCGCCGACGCUGCCAUCGACUGGCGGUUCGCGUGGUCGCCGGUCCGCCUUUGCCGCGGGCCUCUCGAAAGCUGGCGGCGGAUCGAACUCCAACUCGUCGUCCGCCUUGGGCGGAUCGGGGACGGCCGGUGGGGCAGUGGCGGGUGGGUCCGGUGGAACGGGUCGGCGCAAUGUCGGUGGGCGCCGUCCGCACAAACCAUCCAACCUGACGCCGGAGGAGGAGGAGAAACGACGCAUACGGCGCGAGCGCAACAAGCAGGCCGCGGCGCGGUGCCGCCGGCGACGGGAGGAUCACACCAACGAGCUGGUGGACGAAACGGACCAGCUCGAGAAGCGGCGCCAGUCGCUGCACCAGGAAAUCCAGGCGCUCCAGCAGGAGAAGGACGACCUCGAGUUUCUGCUCGAGUCGCACCGGGAGCACUGCCGGCUGCGGGCCCGCCUCAGCCCGAUGGAGCUCAAGAUCAAGACCGAACCGGAGGAGGACCUACCUGUACACCAGCAGCCUAACUUGCAACCACAGCAGCAGCAGCAGCAGCAGCAGCACGAGCUACAGGAGCAGAUUGUUGCUGCAGCUCUACCAAACGAACAUCACCCCAUCUCCCGUGGCCCGAUAGCAAAGAAAUUAAAGCUUUCGAACGAACAUACCGAUAGUUUGGAUACGCCAACGCCAACCACUCUCUUCGCACCGGCGAUCAGCGGCGCUGGCAAGGCGGCCGGCCCAGGAACCACCCGAACCACCGGCACCGACCGCCCGUCCCGGCCGGACAGUCUUGACGUGAAGGCGGCACAGUUCCCGAUGCUCAGUAUCCGCAACGAGCUGGCGGCGGCUGUCGGAAUCUCCACCCCGUCGAACGGACUGUUCAACUUCGAUAGUCUGAUGGAGGGAGGCACCGGGCUGACGCCGAUCGCCGCCCCCAUCACCUUUCCACCGAACCGGAACCCGCUCGAGCUGAUUACGCCGACCAGUACCGAACCGUCCAAGCUGUGCAGUCUGUAACGAGGGCGAGCCGGUGGUAGAUCCGUUGCAAACCGCUCCGUGGUGGAGCGAAAGCACGGCCGACGACCUAAAAGAAACACCGAUAUACAUACACACAUUUCUUAAACGGUUCGAGAGGAAGUUGUGGCUAUAUGUGGGGGUGGAGGAUGGCAAGUGGUACUAGAAGCUGCCCAUACCACGCCCCUACCAGCAACGUGCGAGUAAAACGCAUGUCUCGUAUCCGACUUCUCACCGAUACUUAGGCGAACCGAACACGUUUGUAGCGAUAGCCAUAUUAGGGAAUAGUAAUACUUGUAUAACUUAUUACAUUUUUUAAUUAAUUGUACGUCUUCUCCCUCAGUUAUACACACACGUGUAGAUCAGAUUUCCCAUUCAACCCUCUCAGAGAACCAGAGCAAGCUGAACUUUAGUGCCAGGGAUCGCGAUUUGUUAGCUCGCGAGGAUUUUGUGUUAUAGAUUCAUGAAUGAAAAAAAAAAUACUUUGCAUGCAAUAUAAGGUUAGAUAACCGUUUGCAUUCUUCUUAAGAGAAUGUCAAGCGCGGCUGAUCAGUGAUUCCAACGAGAAGAAAACGAACACAGCAUUCGCCUCAUAUUUCAAAAGUUUUAUUUCGGAUGUGCCUUACCUGUAUCUGUCCGAAAGAGUCCGGUAUGCUCGAGUGGAUGUUAGCGCGUUAAGUUUAUUAUUACAGCUAUUAAGUUUAUUUCAGCUUCGCACCGAUCGAAGCUUUUUAUAUUUUCAGCUUUAUACUUUUCGCUACUUUGCCAGACAGGUUUUAAUCGGAAAAGAAAUUAAUCAAUUUGACAAAUAAAAACAUUCGAAAUUAGUCUUGAUCAGCAUUUUCAAAGCUAUUAAACUCGUGGGCUUCUGGACCGACAGUUAGGCAAACUUAAUUGAGAAGGCGCCCAAUGUAGGUUGCAAAACAGAAAGCAUCUUUAGAAAGCAAGGAUCAACCCCCCGUCGGAUAGCAUUUUCUUUUUCUCUGCUCGUCUGCAAUCGUUUUAAUGUGUCCAACGCAUUGCCUGUAAGUGAUAAUAAUUAAUAACGUCAACGAUGCAUCGUACCGACAGCGUCCCUGUCAAGAGUAUUGAUUUAGGAGAAAUGCCUAAAUGGAGCUGUUUCGCAGGACAAAACUGCCCUAGGCGCCAAGGGGAUAGAAAAGCGUCUUGUUUUUUGAAAAAAUACCAUACAUACAUCUACACUUCUAGAUACAUGAGGAGCGUGUAGCAUAAGAAGCCCGUGUAAAACAGAGUAAGACGAGAAGUGAGAAAACGAAAAUUGAUAGUAAAUCUGUCUCGUGAUAUGCAACAGAUUUUCCCCCUUUGGUAUUUUAUUUUAUUCUUAACUUUUUCGUAAUAAAAUGGUAUACUGCUUCACAUGGACACACACCAACACUACAUUCAAAUACCAUUCAUGUAUGUAAGCAUACCAGCUAGCAAGUAGGUGAACGUAAGACUACAUUAAGAAGGAACCUAGGGUUAGCGAAUGAGCAGAGUGGGUAGAUCGGAAAGAAACAUAUUUACACGAGUUAUAUUUUUAUAAUGAAAACAAAAAGGCAGUAAACGAAAGGGGGUCGGCAGUUUGGAGUGAUAAAUUGCUUGCAUCUCGAUGUCCUGGACCUAUAUAAAACUACUACCAAAUGCUUAGAAAUCAAUUAAAGAAACAACGAGAACAAUAGAAGCGGAUAAAAGUGUAUAAGUUAAAAAAUUCAAUGCGCUGCCUAGCAACAUGUCGAAGGACACACAGCGUGCGGCCAUCGCUCAGAAGGAGAAGUUAAUAUGCUAUUGUUUUCUAGCUAUCGAUCAUUUCCAACGGUCAUGUCAUGCCUGGGCACAACUGAGAUAUUCAAUAAAGAACGAUCAAAUACUGUAAAGAUGA